UCUCUACGCAAGCUACUUGCGAGUUCUUCUUUCCUUUGCCGUCGUCUCUCCUCGUCUCAGAAGAUGUCUUCCCGCUGUCAUCCUGAUUGCCAACGAGCAGCUGCUGCCAAAGAAGAGGAUGAUUCUGCUGAGAGAGCUGCUACGGUAGCAGCUAAUCUGAUCAGCACUGCGCGAGUGAUCCUCAAGCUGGACCGUGAGUUUACCGAGUACUCAGCUCAGUACUUGGUGGACAACGCUCUUGUCGUGAAGGAACCAGUGCAGGGUCCACCACGCUCCACGUUGACUAUUGCGGACUGUCUUGAGCAUUUGGUGGACGUUACUUCUCCCAAGACCGAGGCCGAGCUGGAAGAAAUGGCAAAACAACAGCAACGACGCGCCAAGAUAACUGUCAAGGACUGCCUCGAGUGCGCUUUCAAGGAAGGGAUACCGAGGAGAGAGCAUUGGGCACACUUGGGAUGUGUGUCCAAGGUUCCACCAUAUGCUUCUCUCAUUCCUCGCGUUCCCGUGAAAGGAGAAGUGAUUGAGGCUAAGACACUGGAGGAUGCGUUUAAGUUGUUGCAGCAUGGACCGGUAGGAGCAAAGCUGCAUGUCUUCAGUCCUGAGAUCGAUCUUGCCGGAGAAGAUGGAGUUUACGAUGGCCCGUCAGGUGGUGGAACAAGCUACGUUGGGCUUAGAGACGUGAUCCUGGUAGCAGUGGACAAGAUCAAUGGAGAAGCUGUUGGGACUGUGAAGAUUUGCUACAAGAAGAAUACUUCGUUCAUCAAUGUGUCUUUGAGCCGUAUGUUCACCACACUGGCGCACCAUGGCGACGACUCUCAGACCAUUGCGCCGACGGGUCUUCUCGUUGACUUCAUCGUCCCUCGAUUGUCCAAGUGAAAACAAGAUCGUGGUGAGUAUCUAAGUAAACAAGAUGUUGGAUGAUCUUGUUAAGUAAGUGUCUAGUGAUCAAUGGUAUGUAAUAAGUGAAGUAAUCAUGAAAACCUUAGGCUAGUAGUUGUUGUUUGUGUGACUUGUUUGUCGUCUGAUGUUUAAAGCCUUGUUUUAGGAGACUCGUAUCUACCAGUAAAGAUGUUUGUGAUGAGUA